UGACCCAAGGCAACCACUUAGCAGAUCUUGCAACUAGAAGCAUAGCUUUCCCUCUGCUAGACCCUGUCGCCACAGCUUCAAAAUUCCACUCACAAUUCCAUGUCACUGCUGAAACAUUGCGCAAGCGGUUUAGCAUAACCAGAGCCGAAGCUAGGAACAUUGUUCUUAGCUGCCAACACUGCUGCAGUUUUCUUCCCACACCUCAUGUUGGGAUCAAUCCUAGAGGUAUUAAGCCUUUACAGGUUUGGCAAAUGGACGUAACACAUAUUUCUUCCUUUGGGAAGCUGAAAUAUGUACAUGUAUCUGUAGAUACUUGCUCGGGAGUCAUAUUUGCCUCCCCAUUGUCUGGAGAGAAAGUUUCCCAUGUCAUUCACCACUGUCUUGAGGCUUGGAGCGCAUGGGGGUUACCCCAAAUCCUCAAAACGGACAAUGGUCCCGCCUAUACUUCUGCCAAAUUUGCUCAAUUUUGUCAUCACAUGGGAAUUAAACAUAUCACUGGUCUUCCUUACAACCCACAGGGUCAAGGGAUUGUGGAGCGCGCGAACCGCACUCUCAAAUCCUAUCUAAUUAAACAAAAAGGGGGAAUUGAGGAUAUACCCCCCACACCUAAAAAUGCUAUAGCCCUAGCACUUUUCACUUUAAAUUUUUUAAAUUUGGAUGCUAGAGGUCAUACAGCGGCAGACCGCCAUAAUCAGUGGCCAAAAGACCCACAAGAACUAGUGAAAUGGAAGGAUGUGUUAUCUAACCAAUGGAAAGGCCUGGAUCCAGUUAUACUGAGAUCCAGGGGAGCUGUAUGUGUUUUCCCCCAAGGUGAAGAAAACCCCUUCUGGAUCCCAGAGCGCCUGACAAGGAAGGUCCUGGACAAAGGAGAUGACCUCUCUGUGCCUACUGAUCCUGCUCCUGUCAUUGGAGACCCCGACUCAGGGAGUAUUGAGAUGGGGAAUAUUGUCUGCUUUCCCUAAGCCCAUCCCUGUCCGCCACAAUGCAGCAGUUUUUCCACGUUUUUUCACUACCAACUCUAGCAUUAACCUGCCCUAUUUAGCCCUAGACACGGUGACAGUGCCUUUGGGAGAAAACCGGACCUUUGUUACCAAAGGGACGUUAUGUUUCACCACUAAUACGAAUUGUACAAACUGCAUCUCCUUAAAGCAGAGAGUAUACGGCUGGUAUGAUCCUAAAAUAUCCCCCUAUUCUACUUUUGAAGUCAUUUGGCUCAAUGGUACCUUUGCCCGGCCUCACCCUCUUAAUACAACCCACUGCUAUGGAACCUCUAGCUCUAACAGACCUAAGCCUCUGCAUUGCCGUAGACCAUAUCAGCCUAGGUAUGCACCCCAGUGCCGGGGAGACUAUGAGGGAGACACAUGGCCUUGGACUGAUUGUCAAUCCCAUAUAGCUACAUGGGUAGAUGAAGAUCAGCAUUUCUCCCUCUCACCAGAUAUGUCUAGAGAGACCCUAUGGAAAACCCAAGAAGAAUCUGAUAUUUCCCAAGACGUGUCACUUAAUCCAUUCCAUAAAUGGAUGUUAUGUGGGACUAAUGGAUCAUGUUCUGACAUUUCCUCCCUUAGCCUUAUUCUAGGAGGAAAUAGAAGUUCAGGAUAUGUUUCACUCCAAUUCAAAAUUCUCAACCAGACUAGGACAUCUAGUACCCCAGGAUGCAGAUGUACAAGCUGCACCGGCGCUCAAAAUCUCAGCGCUAGCCUAGUGCAGUGUUUCGAUAGUAGCCUUCCAUAUCGCAUGUAUUGCUUGUAUCAAAUCAUCAAUAACACCGCCCCUAAGACAGUCCCGCCUACCCCUGUCUGUCUCUAUCCCCCGUUCCUGUUUAUUCUGUCCAAUUAUAGCUUUGAUCUGUGUUCCAAUUCCACCUGCUUUUUAUCACAAUGUUGGGAUGCACGAAAGUAUACCAGUGCCUUAGUAGCUCGCAUUCCUCGCUGGGUCCCCGUCCCAGUUGAUGCUCCUAACUCCAUGACCCUGUUCCGUGAAAAACGCGACUUUGGCAUCACUGCCGCCAUAGUAACCAUCAUGUCUGUGGCUGCGGUGGCCGCCACUGCAGCCGCAAUAGCUUUGGACACCUCUAUUAAAACAGCUACUGAACUCAAUAACCUCGCAGAAUCAGUGUCUUCUGCCCUUGACCGUCAGUCUACACUUGAUGGCAAACUGAAGGGAGGAAUAAUGGUCCUCAAUCAGCAAGUAGAUCUAGUAGAAGAACAGAUCGAUGUGCUGUGGCAAUUAGCCCAACUAGGUUGUGAGCAAAAAUUUCGUGCUCUCUGCAUUACCAGUGUUCAAUAUGAAAACUUUACGCGAGCAGCUAAUCUGUCAAGAGACCUGUCCCGUUAUCUUUCAGGAAACUGGUUCCAAGACUUUGAUGGGACUUUGGAGGAGCUGCGGCGAGAGAUAAUCCACAUCAACUCCACCAGGAUAGACAUCUCCGUGGCAACAGGACUAUCCUCCUGGUUCCACAGAGCUCUCUCCCACGUUAAAGAGUGGGCGGGCAUGGCUGGGAUGGGUGUGGUCAUGCUUGGAGGUCUCAUGCUCCUGCUCUGGUUGUUGUGCAGACUCAGAACCCAACAACGUCGAGACAAAGUGGUAAUUGCUCAAGCCUUGCUGGCAGUAGAAAUGGGCGCCUCUCCCCAAGUAUGGCUCAACAUACUCAAGAAAGAAGCGCAACUUUAGGUUAAGGUAGCCCUUGCACCCUGAGCCCUUGUGGCAUUGCACCAGGUUAGGGUACCUGUUCGCUUACCCGAAGCUUCUCAUACGAAAUUCGGUGCAAGAGGGUCAUUGCACAGGCCCAGACCCUUUGUACCGGGCGGUCCCAACGUCAGCUAGAGGGUGCGAGGCACUGCACUGCAAGAGGUCAUGGGCCCCUCUGUGAGACAUGCCUGAUUGCAUAAGGGUCAGUGUCCGCAUACCCUUCUCCACUAAUAGGACAUCAAAUGUUUCUGGAGAUCAGGCCUCUAUCUCCACCUCAGCUGACAAGUUCCGCCCUGAGUUUCAACAAAACAAAAAAGGGGGAGAUGUUGGUAGCCAUACCUGCCGCACCCAAAAAUGGCGCCCAGCUUGAGAAAAAGUUGUAGGCAAAACAAAGACUACUUCUGGAUAAUCCCGCCACUUCCUGGCCGCAUAUCACAUGCUAAUUAGACCUUCACCUGCUAACCAAUUGGCGUAUCGUAACAGCUAUGCUAAUGAAGCAUCACAGGCAGCGCGCAAUCAGCUUGGAGCAUGAGAACUAUAUAGCUGGCCCAGUCUUUCCCUUUGGGUCCUUCCCCUGA